UUUCAUUUAAAGGGUAAACAACUUAAUUUUUUGUAUGCUUUGAUGUAAUUUACAUUCUUGAUAUUGAAAAACUAAUUUUAGUAUAUUAUUCUUUUCCAUAGUGGUGUAUGGAAUAAUAGAUAGACACCAAGGAAGUGAAAGAUAACGAUAAAGAUAUAGAUAACGAUGAAAGUUGCGUACAAAAUGGAAAGGGAAAAAAAGCCAACAGGUGGCGCGAGUACUAAAUGAAAUACGGUUUGGUGCGAGUGACCUAUGAGAAGUGUGAAAAGGAGAAUGGAAACCGCAGAUGUGGGAGGCGGUGAUGUAGAAGGGCAGCGGAAUGAAAACACGCAGCAUAUUUACCACAUCACGGGCAGCACAGCAGCCAUUUCACAGUAUGGAGCUUUACACACACGUCGCUUCUAUGUGAUCUAAACUUCUGUAGAGACUUCAGAGUAUUCUUCAUUCAAAAACAUGGAUUACGAGAACCAUAAUGUUGGCUUAGAACUACUCUUGGCGCACAUGAAUAUUGGAGACAUCAUCGAGGCUGUGGAGAGGCUCUGCUCGGACAGAGAGGACGAAGAGGAAUCGGGCGAGUCACUUGUGGAGGGUCUUUCAGGAGAUAAUAUGGAUGAAAACGAGCUCUCGGAUGGCACAGCCUCGCCUGGCCUGGUUUCCCGUGUGCAAAAUGGCAAAGUGAGGUACGGCAGCGUGGCGGACCUGCUGGCAUUUGUCAACAUGGUGUCCAACACACCUGCCUCUACACUUUCCAAGCUAGAGGAGGAGCUUGGGGUACUGCUGAACAAGACAGACAUGGUUAUAAAAGAGGGCCGCUAUCGCAUUGAUUUGGACGUGCUCCUGUUUCCGUGGAGGCUGACCUACAAGGCUCCAGGCUCAGGCCACAUUCCCAAAGGCUCUUUUGGGAAAGUCCACUUGGCCCAGGACAUUGAAACACGCAAGCGGAUGGCAUGCAAACGGAUCCCUUUGGAGCACUUUAAGCCAGCAGAUGUGGAGAUCCAGGCUCGGUUCCGUCAUGAGAACAUCGCUGAACUGUAUGGGGCUCUGCUGUGGGAGCAGGGUGUGUAUCUCUUCAUGGAGGCCGGAGAAGGUGGCUCGAUUCUGGAGAAGCUGGAGAGCUGCGGUCCGAUGAGAGAGUUCGAGAUCAUCUGGGUCACGCAGCAGGUUCUGCGUGGACUGGAGUAUCUGCACUCGCACAAUAUCAUACACCACGACAUCAAACCCAGUAACAUUGUGCUGAUGUCUGCCAAAGCUGUGCUGGUGGAUUUUGGCUUAACAGUGCAGAUGACGGAGGAUGUGUACAUUCCUAGAGACCUCAGAGGGACUGAGAUGUAUAUGAGUCCGGAGCUGGUUUUGUGUCGAGGACACAACACAAAGACGGACAUCUACAGCCUGGGCACCACCAUUAUUCACAUGCAGACUGGUAGCCCACCGUGGGUGAGGAGAUACCCACGCUCUGCGUACCCCUCGUACCUCUACAUAAUCCAUAAGCAGGCUCCUCCUCUGGAGGACAUAUCAGAGGACUGUAGUCCAGCAAUGCGAGGCCUUCUGGAGCGAGCACUGGAAAGAGUCCCAUCGCGGAGGAGCUCUGCCACAGAGCUCCUGCAUGAGGAGGCCCUCCACCCUUCACGAGAAGACCAGCCUCGCUGCUGGAGUCUGGACUCUGCUCUUGGAGACAGCACACACCCACUCUUACGCCAACACAGUCAGAUGAAUGAUAGCACGCAAGACUCCUCGUCACUGUACACUGAAGAUUCUGGGCCGUUUAAAAGAAAAGGUUCCCUCUACUUAGACCUCGGAGCGCUGGCUGGCUACUACAACUUCGUCCGGGGACCACCGACUGCAGAGUAUGGCUAGAGGAAUCCUGAGGUCUUUUUGAGUGUACACUUAGUUUGUGUUUGUGGGACUUGUAGGACAUGUAUAAGGUACCACAGUCCUGAAGAUAGAGUACGUAUGGACUGUAUAUAGAUAUGGAACCUUGUGCUUCUUCAUUAGUGGCAAUUCAGUCACCUCAAGUACCAAUUAAAAGGGUCGAUUUGCUUGAUGAUGGGCUGGAAAUUACAUGUGCUCAUUCAGUCCACAGUUUGGUAUGGAAACCAGAAGGAGAUGACUAAAGCAGUGUCAGCGGUGUUGUAACUUACGUACUUAAAUAUCAUAUGUUAAUGAUAAAAAGGCAAAAAAUCUAAAUCAUUGUCACUUUGGGAAUUGUGUACAGCUCAUCUUCCAUUAAAAAAAAAAACUUGUCCAUAAAGAGUAUAAAGGACUAUAAAGGUGAAAAGUUUAAUAGUGCUGCAUUAUAGUUAAGCUACUCAGACGUGCAUGUAAGUGGAUUAUUGGGUUGAUGAGACACUGAUUAACAUGAAAAAAAUCCUGAUUUAAUACUUACUGUCUCUGGAAAAUGGGUUAUCACUCAUUUUAGCAGUGAUGGAUUCACAGUUUUACAUUCUAUAACCUCGAGGCUGGACCUUCUCAAGACUACUCAAGAUUUAAUGGUGUAAUUACACGCCAGUAUAUGUAAAAAAGUUAGUCUGGCUCUCUACAAAAUCUUUUGUAGAGUAAAAGACAAUAUAAAUAUAGUAAAAAAAAAAUGUAGCUGAAAGCUUAAACAUGAAAGCUUUUAGAAGUUUUGUGAUGUUUUAUAGUUGAAGGACAAUUGAGACAUAAUCCUCCAGGUUCAAUAAGUCAACUAUACACACACUUUCAAUAGGAUAUGCUGGUUCAAAUCCUUUGUUUGUGUACUGCAGGGAUUUCCAGUCUUACUGCAGAAGGGCCAGUGUGGCUGCAGGUUUUCAUACCAGACAGUUUGGAGUUAUGCCUGAUCAGUGCGUUUUGGUCUUCAUACAAUUAUUAGGUGUGGAUCCUGUUUGGUUGGAAUGAAACUCUGCAGCUAUACCAGCCCUUUGUGGAUAAGAUUGGACACCCUUGGUGUACUGUAUGUGCUUCAUGUGUAUUGCACUUCUGUUUUGUUGGGCACAAAUAAUCAUUAUAAUACAGUACAGGGCAUUACAGAGUUUAGCAUUAUAUAAUUCUUAGUUAUUUGCAUUGAUGGGACACUGGAUGUCUGCCCACAUUUGUGUUUUCAGUACUAUUUUCAGAUGUUCCUGGAAAAUGUUAGGUUGUUGUUCCUGUGGAAUGUGUUUUUGUUGAGUACUUGCAGUGCAAACGGUCACAAUGGUUCAUGUGCUUUAGACAAGAAUUACAACACAGCUGUAGUGUGGCACGUACAAGAUUCUGUAGUAGUUUCGUGGCCUCAUUUAAUCAUACACAUAAAUGUUCUAUAUAUGUACUAUUCUGCCAGUAAAAUGUUUCUUAUUGUGUCUUUUUAUUUUUCAUUUUUUAGUUUGGUGAGUCAUUUUCUACACCAUGAGUCUGGUAUGAAUGUGCCCUGUGUUGAGAUUCUGCAAAGUACAUAGAUUAUGAGCUUACAUUUUAUUGAGAUGAGCAUUGGUUUUGUUUAUAUUUUUGUAAGUGUUGAUGAAGUUAAUAAAGUUUAAAAUUGAA